AUGACGGCCGCUCAGCAAGCAACUAUACUGGCUUUGCCGUAUAUCGAUGUCCAGCACGAUGCCAUGACUGUAUUUGACGACAUCACUCAAGGCGUCGUAGCGAAGGAGGAUAUCUGGAUCUCAGGCUACAGAGCCGGCUCUACUUCAGUACACGGCAAGGUCACCCUUGAGCCUGGGGCGGGUGAAGCCAGCGGAAGCAGGGGCGUCUCGUUGACCCCGAAGAACGGGGUCGAGGUGGAACGGAUUCCAGGCGGCGACUUCCCAGUAUCGUUCCCAGCGCUGUCUAUCGGCCCCACGACAGUCAAAUUUCCAAGACAAGUUAUACAUCCCCCGUACCCCCGACCUAAAUCUACGACACCGCCCCUCCAUAUCAAUGCUCUGGCGUACUCGGCCCGUAAGAACUUGCUCGCGGUAGCUGGACCGGAUGGGUUCUUGUGCAUUCUCCCCGCGGGGAUGCAGGAGGGAAAAGAGGGGAUCAAGGUGUUUAAGGGGCAUGUGGGGGAUGCGUUGGAUGUGAAGUUCUUCCCCUCUGGCGAGGUCAUCUUAUCCGCCUCAUCAGACCUCUCUCUCCGAAUCUGGGGCCUCGACACUUCCAAUCCCCGUACGCUCCGAGGCCAUACGCGCGGCAUCACCUGCACCACCAUCAUCGGGGUCGGAAAACAGAUCCUCUCUGGUUCGAGGGACGGUACGGUCCGUCUCUGGACCGUCGGAGAGGCGAAAGAGGUCCGGAAGUGGACCAUGGAGGGGAGGGUGCCGGUGGAGGAGAUACUACUGGACGAAACGGGCGAGGUGGUUUUGGUCUUCAAGGCGGACGGGAGUGUGCAGGUCUUGCGGAUAAGCGGGGAAGAGCUCGGAGAGCUGAAGAGUCCAAAAGGGGCGGAGGGCAAACUGGUUUCUGCCGCGUGGGACCGAGGGAGGGGUUUGGUCGCUGUGGGGUAUACGACGGGAGUGAUACAUCUCCGGGAAGUCAGUCUGGCGGCGGACAAGGUGGAAGUGGGGAGGGAGGCAAUGGUCCGGCGAAACGAGGCGGCCGUCUACUCGUUAGCGUGGACGUCAGAGGGGGAUCUGUUGGUGGGCACAGCGGCAGGGCUGCCUUGUCGGUUAGGGGUCAGAAUGACGGCCGAGGGGAUAGAAGUGGGCGUCAAGGAAGAAAUGGCGGGGUGGGAGGCGGUAGGUGUUGAAGCGUGGGCGGUGGCGGAAGAUGGAGGGGUAUGGUGUGCCGGUGGAGAAGGGGGGAUACGGAGAUAUCAUUAG